AAAAUGAACUGAAUAUGGAGGUCGGUUUGUUUGGGAGGCUUAUGAUUGGGAGAGCUCAAAAUUAAUCGACGGCGCUCUGUAUUUUUAUCUAUCUAUCAAUUUGUCUAUCCGUGUCGUGUGGGUGUGUGUGAAUAUUGAUUUUGAUGGAAAAAAGCAAAGCUUUAUUAAGCAUAAGGGAUUCUCUAAGUAAGCUCGAUUUCAAUCCCAGAUCCAAUUCCGAUUCCAAUUCCAAUUCCAAUUCCAAUUCCAGUCCCAAUCCCAAGCAGUUCACCACAAUUUCUUCUACUACCUAUCAAUCUUCAAGAAUAGCGCGGGACAAGAGAAAUCCUCCAAGUUUAGUGAGCUUGUGUCUUGGAGUUAUCGGCAAGCAUUUGGAAGAUAUUGUCCCCGAUUUGCCUGAGAUUUCCGUCACCUUUCCCUCUGAUAUUAAGAUGGCACUGGCAGCGAUUGCCAGAAGAAGAAAGUUACUAAACGAUGAUAUUAUUGUCUCUCUAGCUGAUAGUUCCUGGGAAAUUCUUGACAUCUCUGGAUCAGAUGUUUCAGAUUUUGGCUUAGCAAAAGUGGCUGAAAUGUGCAAAUUUCUUAGAGCUGUGGAUAUAAGCCGGUGCGACAAAAUUACUGCAGCUGGUGUUCAUGAACUUGUGCAACACUGCCGUUCAUUGGAGACAUUGAGAUGCGGAGGGUGCCCGAGGAGCGACUACACUGCACGUAGAUGUUUGGGUAUUUUUAGGCCAAAGCUGAAUGAUGUGGAUGGAGAUUCCUGGGAAGAACUUGAUACGGCAGAAAUUGCUAAUGGUGCGGAGUCAUUGCGGUGGCUGAUAUGGCCAAAAAUUGAUGAUGAUUCUUUGGAGAGCUUUUCAACAGAGUGCCCACGCAUUAUAGUGAAUCCCAAAGCAUCACCCUUUGGUUUCAGGGGGAACCAAGUUCCUAGGGAAGCAUUACCAAAUAUUGUACUCGAUGAUGCAGUUGUGAAGGAUAUUGAUCCCACAACGUGGGCAGUAUGUGGUUAUGUAUCCAGGACUACACCUUCACUUUCAAGCCCCACUGAGUUAUCUAUGGCCGAAAAGUUUAGACUCGCAUUUAUCGAAAGAGAUACACGAUUAGCUCCAAAACGAGCAAAGAAUGCAAGACAACACCAACGCCGUGCAGAGAGGGAGUGGAUGAUGACGAGUACAAGUGCCAAGGCACUUGCUCUUGCCUCACGAGCCAGCAAAUCUUUGCUCAGUCGGAAUUAGUUCCAAUUGGUUGCAUUACCCUGAAUCGCUAUGAGUUUUUUCCUAUUUUUGAAUUGUAUAUAGCAAAAAAUAUGUUGAGCUUGAUAGAGAAACGAAAUUUUCAUCCCAAAGGAAUAUUGUUCUUGAACACUAUAUAUAUGUAUGUACACUGGUAUAUUUUAAUUGCUAUGAAAGAAAUACCUUGACCUGUCUUUGCUGAAAGGCAAUAUAUAAGGCAUGGCAACUAUUGUCAGGCGCUAUUGUUCAGGGAUGGACGUAUGUGCUGCUGUAUGCAAUUGGUUCUCUUUGGUGGGAUUAAAGUUUCCCAAUUGACCAUACAAGGUUAGUCCACCCUAAAAAGUCAUAUGUAGAAAUUGGAGGCUGAAAUUUUCUAUCCAAUUGCUACCUUAGGCGUCUUCAAAAUAGCAUCAUCUAAAAUAACUAAAAUAGAACUUGUAAAUUUGUAAUAUCUCAUCAAAAAUAUAGAACUUGUGAUGGCUAAAUUGAAAAAUCGCAACGAACAUAAAAUGUGAUACGGAAUUAACUAAUAGAAUAGUAUUUUUGCGGUUUUACAUGCUGUAGGCCAAUCCAAGUUCAAACAUCACAUUCUUGUAAAACUUUCAAAAAUUGUAAAGAACCUCGAAACACGACUUCUUUUUGGUUAUGAAUUUCCAGGUCAGCUUUUUAUUCAACAAACCCAGAUCGCCAAUAAAAUCAUAUGCAUUCGUAAAUAGCCCCUCCCUCUUCCACGUAUGAACAUUGCAGACAGAUUUCAUUUUCAUUCUCUACAUCAAGUGAAAAAGACCAAGACAAAAAGGAUGAUGAACAGGACCACCAAAAACAAUAUCAUCAUAAUCUGGCCUUUGGCACCAGCCUUCUUCAUGACCAUACCCACUUUUUUCUG